AUAUAAUAAUUAUUAUAAUUUUAAGCCUUGCCAUUUUUAUUUUCCCUUUCAUUCCUCCGUCAAUCUUUUCCCCUCUAUUUUCUAUCACCAUCGCUCCCUCGCCUCCUUCGUCGGGCCAGCGUGCUGCCUCUGCCUGCUGUUACCUCUUUCUAUCUGUCCUUUUUCUUUCUUUUCCAGAAAUAUCGAAAAUGAAAAAGAAAAACUGACAAACCUAUAAUGCCCAAUCGAACAGACGAAAGAAGACGAAAAUACCCUUAAACUUUUUAAAAUUCCAUAUUUAUUAGACUAUAUAGGGGAUAUUAAAAAAAUAAAAAAGAAAAUUACGUAUUAUCAGGGGACUGGAGAGUGGUCUUUCUCUUUGAUUUCUGCCAUUUUAAAGAUUUGCAACAUUUAGAUCUCGGGUUCCUCCAACUCAACCUGAUGGAUUCUUCGGUUGUGCUUUUAAACCAGCUUAAGAAUGCUGAGCCAUUUUUCUUGUUAGCUGGUCCCAAUGUGAUUGAAUCUGAAGAUCACAUUUUAAGGAUGGCUCACCACAUCAAGACUAUCACUACCAAGCUUGGGUUGCCCUUGGUUUUCAAAUCAAGCUUUGAUAAAGCUAACCGAACAUCCUCCAAAUCAUUUCGGGGUCCGGGAAUGACUGAAGGCUUGAAGAUCCUUGAGAAAGUUAAAGUAGCAUAUGACAUUCCCAUAGUAACUGAUGUCCAUGAAACUAUUCAGUGUGAACCGGUUGGAAGAGUUGCUGAUAUUAUUCAGAUUCCAGCAUUUUUAUGUCGCCAGACAGAUCUUCUAGUUGCUGCAGCCAAGACUGGAAGAAUUAUCAAUAUCAAGAAAGGCCAGUUCUGUGCUCCUUCUGUCAUGGAAAAUUCUGCUGAGAAGAUUAGAUUGGCCGGGAAUCCAAAUGUGAUGGUUUGUGAGAGAGGCACCAUGUUUGGCUAUAAUGAUUUGAUUGUUGAUCCACGUAAUUUGGAGUGGAUGAGGGAAGCAAAUUGUCCUGUUGUUGCAGAUGUCACACAUUCGUUGCAACAGCCAGCUGGAAGAAAGUUGGAUGGUGGAGGUGUGGCCAGUGGAGGCCUUCGUGAGCUGAUACCAUGCAUCGCAAGGACUGCAGUUGCUGUUGGAGUGGAUGGAAUUUUCAUGGAGGUGCAUGAUAAUCCUCUGAAUGCUCUGGUUGAUGGUCCAACUCAAUGGCCACUGCGCCAUUUGGAGGAACUUCUGGAAGAGCUAAUUGCCAUAGCUAGGGUAAGCAAAGGGAAGCUACACUUCAACAUUGAUCUCACACCAUAUUCUGAUUAGGAAGAUGUCAAGAGUUCUAUAAGUGAGUAGCAGGCCACAACACUCAAUUUUGGAGAUUGAAAAAGGUAAGGAAAAUACUAUUUGCGUGUCCAAAUCUUUUUUCCCUCGUGAUGCAAAUCUACUUAUUUUCUUUCCUUCCUACAAUUC